CAGGCUGAAAAUGUCACACAAUGAAGCGCAAAGUCUGUUCAAUACAUUCACUCAACACUUGCCAUGAAUUUAUCAAAAUUGGAUUUUUCAUGAUUUUUUUCGCACUGGUAUCAGCGCAGAUUUGUGGAAUUUUCAAAUUAACUGUCCCAUGCCCCCUAAAAGAACCAGCGUGGGAGCUGUCGCUUAAUGGCUGCCAGGAAAUAGCUUGAGAACAUACAAUAUUUGGAGAAAUGUCUGCCUUACCCUCAGACCUCAUUGCAAUGAAGGAUUCACCAACUUAUAUGCCAAUACUGAGAUCUGUGCUCAAGAGUCAGAUACAGUUUCUGGUUGAACAGUUGUCUGGUGCUGGGGAGGAGACACUGAUACUGUCUGCCAAUGUUAAUGAUGGUGUCGUUGAUCAGCUUGGAUCUGAGCCUGGAAAGAUGUUUGCUAAUGUUUAUGAUGAUUUCAAGUCAGAAUUUCUGGAAUUUUGUCAGAAAAGAAGGGGAAAACGGAAGCCAGAAUCACCGCAGAAAACACCAAUUGAUGUUAAAAGAGGGAGGCCAUCCCCAGCAGUGUUGGCACUUCCAAAGGCAUCUGUAGUUACACAGAAAAUUCAAGCAGUAAAGUCCCCAUCAAAUGUUCCCAAGGUGUCCUCAGCUAGAAUAAUAAUCAACCAGAAACCAGCAAGCACUCCAGGAAGUCAGUUUUUGACCAGUCAACCAGACAUUGAAGGACUGGAAGAGUCAGAGGAGGGUUACGGAGAAAUUGAGGACACAGGUCUGGAUUACGAAGAACUUGAGGAUGUUGAAGAAUGGCAAGACGAAUCAGCUGACAUGCCUUCAUCAAGUGAAGGCCAUUCCUCUAGCAGCAAAGUAAAAACUGCAAAAGUUGUACCAAAAGAAAACACGGCUACUCAAAGAUUGAAAAGAAGAAAGUUUCCUUGCAGUGACUGUGGUAAAUCAUACGGUACAAGAUGGGCAUUGAGAGUUCACUCAUUGAGACAUGGGGAGAAGAAGUUUAGUUGUGAAAAGUGUGGGAAAAUGUUUUUCACGAUAACUGAGUUGAGGCAGCAUAUCAAUCAUGUACACUUUGAAGGGGAAAGAAGGCCUGGAAUAAAGUUUGCCUGUGAAUUUUGUGACCAAAGAUAUGCCAGGAAAGAAAAUUUGAUGAACCACAUCAAAAUAAAGCAUGAAAAUGCAAAGAAGUCUUACAUCUGCGACAUCUGCAAUAAAGCGUUCCAUUUUAGACACAUACUGAGUGUUCAUAAGUUAAGACAUGGUGAAAAGAAAUUCCGUUGCUGUCAAUGUUCCAAGAUGUUCUUCACAAACACAGAAUUAAAACAACAUGAGAAGAAUUCACAUACAGAGAAACCCCCUGCAGAAGAAAAGGAAAAAGAUUCAAGUGUCAACUUUGAGAAAAUGUUCAGUAAGGCUAUGAGCUGUAAGGAUUGCGGGAAGCUUUUCAUUCGAGGAGAUGCUCUCAAGUUACACAUGCUUAGUCAUACUGGGGAGAACCCACACACGUGUGUAGUUUGUGGUCAGGGAUAUCGCAAGAAAAGGUCCUAUAUUAUACAUCUGAAGAAUAAGCAUCCAGAAGAAUAUGCUGAAAUGGAUGAAAUAUAACUAUAUUGGAAGAAACGUCCAGACCACAUGGAAGAAAUAUCCAGAUCAUUGAGCUGAAGUAGAUAAUAUAUGACCAUGUUUGAAGAAACAUUCAUA